ACGAAGCAGAGGCGCGGCAGGCAGUGACAGCGGCCAACGUGAGCAGCAAACCACAGGUCUGCAGGAAAUGCUCCUUUCAGAGAUACGCCCGCACGUCCUUCAGCACAGAGAGCAGGUGUAAUGAAACUAAUGAACCUGACCUUCAAGUCGUUAUCACGGCAUCGCUUGGUGAAAAAAAGUCAGAAACUGUGACAACCGACCUCUGUGUGUGUGAGAGCAGACGUCGAACCCUUGUGCCACCACAGGCAACGCUGCUUCCUGCGCUCAGAGUGGACUCACUCCUCCUCCAGUGGUCACAUGUGGACGAGCGGCGUCGCCCGUGGACCGAGUCCUCGUCACGACAGCUCGUUUGUUCUCACCGGAGCAGAGAAGCAGCGGUGGCCUCGCUUCCCCCUCAACCAGAAACCGACCUGAAGAAGAUGUCCGACGCUGUUUGUAUUGCGGGUUCUCUGUUUGGCUCGACAGAAGGACAACAGGAGUGUGGCUCCUGCUACCCGAUUAACAUGGGCUCUGUACUGGCCAUCAUCGCCUCAGAUAUCAUCUUAACCAUCCUCAUCACUAUUUCCGUGUUCUGCUUUGUGACUCACCACAAGAGGAGGCAGUGGAAUUCUCAUGAUGGCAAAAGAACCGUGCCGAAGAAAACGGCCACAGAGGUGACGGAGUCUCCGUAUCAGGAGUUGCACGGAGUCCAGUCAGAUGUGUACAGCGAGCUGCAGCACUUUAGGAAAUGAAACAAUGGAGCUAAAAACAAUCACAGCAAGCUCUCGUUCUGAUUGGUUUCACAUUCUAUAUCCAAAUAGUAACGCACACUUCCCUAUGAACACCUUGUGACGCUGCUUAUGUAGAACAAUGUAUAGAUUUAAUGUAAUUUAUAUUUUCUAGUGUUAAAUGUGUUGGCUGCAGUGUUUAAUGUGUCUGUGUGUGUCAAUUGUAAAAUUUCUUUAAAUAAUUAUAUUUGUGUUGAUCUCAGCAUGAAUUAAA